AUUCAUUUUCUCUAGUCUCUACCUUCAAUUCUGCAAAUUCGCCGAGAAUCGGUCCUUUCUCAUCGGCGAGACGUCACGUUCUUAUCUUCCUCCCUGAAACUAGCGGACGCCGGCGCCGCCGCCGCCGCAAUCGCUAGCGUCGUGCUAGAAGGAACUACUGGUGAUAUCAACGCGAAGGAAUCUGGCUAGCUAGGAUGAGGGGUGCAGACAGAAUCAGUGGGUUGCCAGGCAGUGUUAUGGAGCACAUUCUGACGUUCUUGCCGCUACGAGAAGCAGCAAGGACGAGUGUUCUGUCGAGGGAAUGGAGGAACAGAUGGGUAGAUAUGCCCGCCCUUGCUUUCGACGACAAGUUUGGUAAGGUAAUGGAACCAGUCGCGGGUGGUACUUCGCCUGAACUAGCAUCAGCAACCAACUGCAAACUUAUGUUGGAUGUUUUCGAGGUUCUGUCGCGCCACAGUGGUCACAUAAAGGAGUUCUCCCUCUCGAUUCCUGGACUAAGAAGCUCGUUUCGCGACCAUCGGAUCGACACAAUCAUCAACUUUCUAGACAACCGACACGUUGAGUCGCUGGCCAUUGGGAUCAAGGACUACGUGCUGCCGAGGCUUGUUUACUCCUUCACCCGACUCAGGAAGUUGAAGCUGUGUGGUUGCAAGCUCACAUCCUCCAACGUCGCGUUUGACAGCGCUGCGUUUGCUGAGCUCGAUGUUCUCGAGCUUAGAGAUUUAGCAGUACCACAGGUUGGUGAUGCUUGUUUCAGCUUUAACUGCCCAUUGCUCUCUGCAUUGGCCAUGGAAGGUUGCGGCCAUCGUAUCAACAAUAUUAGGAUUGUCAUUGAGGCUCCUAAACUCGAAUAUUUCCGUCUCGUGGGGAACUUUAGUUUGCUGGAGUUCAAGCAUACUCCACUUCUCAAAAUCGUAGAUGUUCAUCGAGAUUUCAGCAUCAAUAUACCGGACAAAGGGUACUCAAACUUAUUGAAUUUUAUAGCCGGUCUUCCAGCGGUGGAGCAGCUAUCCAUCUCUGGCCAUAUCUAUUGGGUGCUUCAGUACUUGAUGAUCGGAGCUAUAUAUGCAAUUAAGUCUUCCGGGACGGUGAGGCUCCUUAACCUUAAGCAUCUCAGACUGAAUGCAGAGCCUCUCGGCUCACCGCUUCCAGCCUAUGUGUGGUGUGCUAUUAGCUUGAUGAACACUUCCACUGGCUUGUCUGAACUAACCAUCGGGGUAAGCACUGUAGAUCUCUUUCUCGCCCCGCCUCAUAUCAGUUUCGAGAGUAUGGUCAUGUUUAGUUUACGGGUUAUAAUGAUCGAAUCUCACAAGCCAUUCUAGUUCUGAUCUAUGUCAACAUAGCGAAGUUGAUGUGUAAACACACGAGACGUGUUUCCUUGCUACUUUCAUCCAAGUUAUCAUAUGUUUGAAUGUUUUCAGAUUGUGGAGCGAUACGAAUCUAAUAAAGAAGAACAGAGUAUGAAGUAUUUAAGUUAUAUGAGGAGCAGGCUGAAACUCAAGCGAGUGCAGGUGAAUCAAUUUCGCGGUACAAGGUUGGAAAUGACUGUCGUACAAUCGUUAUUGGCCAAAUUACCGGCACUUGAUAUGAUGCAAAUCGAGUUUUCAGACUGCUGUGGAGUUGAAGAUCAACGGUCCAUUUUUAAUAAACUGUUGGAAUUAACACGAGCCUCGACAACUGCCCAAAUCAGGAUCAAGUAACUUGUGGGUAUAGCCAGUAAACUGCCAUCGUGUAUGCCUACUCGUCAGCAGAUAAUGUUUAUGAAAAGAGUGACAAUGGGUGAUGUGAAACUUGGCAUUGCCAGCCUCCUUUACAUUUGUUACUAUGCAUUUCCUAUAUGCCGCAAAAACUAUAAGCAAAUUCCCUACAUGAACAACUCGAAGAUAUAAGUUAUAAGCACGCGCACCG